CAGGCCGGAGACGCGAAGGCGACGGCGGAGAGGACCAAAAGGAACACGAAAAAGGAGUCGGGCCGGUGGAAAUGUCGCCGUCACAAUUUCCCACCGUCGUGGCUCUAUCGGAAACUUCCGAGCUGUAUGCGGAGGGACGGUGUGUCGUUGAUACCGAAGGAUAUCCUGUGGACUACGGCCUGCCGAAGAUGCCAUGUCGUCAGCAACAUCAUACAGAUGGAUAUUACAGGACGCUACCGACGAAUCGUCUGAAACGUCAGGCGACAGCCAAUCCGUUGAAGAGGUUCUCGAGGGAAGCAGAAUUCCUAUCGAGAAGCGUCGAUUCUCCUUACGACUAUCGAGCUGAUAUCAGAUACACAGCCGACGGAUAUCCAGCUAGGACGCAACCGCCCUUAUACCAACCACCGCAGAAUCUGCCACCUGAGGCUCUAGCACCUGCAUCUCUGCCUUACUGUAGAGUCCAGUGGCCCAGCUGCGUUCCAGCUAAUCUUCACCUUCAUCAGCCAGUUGCCAGUGGCAUAGUACCACCGAGACAGGUACCAGUACGGGGGGCUCCACUGAUGGCCCAAAGGCGCAGUGCCAGCGCUCAAACGGACACUGAGAGUGAGAGCGACUAUUCGGCGCAAGGCAGCAGGAAAACGGAAGGUCAAAGGACUAGUAGUGAGUUAACCACGGAAAGCCCUGACGAGGGAUAUGUUGGUGAACCUUCUAUUGUAUAAAAAGUGUGAUGUGAUAUCGAAAACUGUGUGGGGGUGACAUAUACUAAAGCUAGUCAGUAAAUAAUGGCAACAGUGUAAUAGUAGUAAACAUAAUCAAGGACAAUGUCUUACGAGUUGAAUGCCACAUUUUAUAAUAUGUUCUAGAUGAUAUUUUUAGAUUUUGAUGAAUUUCCUAAUUCAAGAGAAAAACAACCCCGGUAUGUAAAUGUAGGCUGAAUCUAACCUAUCUGCACGCAUUUUGUAGUGAACAUCUGUGAUUAAAUGAUUUAUGUUAUCUUAUUCUCUUCAAAUCAUCUUGGAAGACCGGAUGCAGCAAUAAAUGUAGUAAC